AUGACCCGGGAGGCUCUGACGGUUGAAUUUGUCUUCCUGGUGAUCAUCCCUGUUGCUGUGCCUUUCUUUCAGAGUAAAGGGCUCAGCCUGCAGGAAGUGUUUUCCCUGCAGGCGUUGUUUGGUCUGGUGGUUUUGUUGACCGAAGUACCUUCCGGAUAUCUGGCGGAUGUUCUAGGUCGAAAAAACACAUUAGUGGCUGGUGCGCUGGUCGCUGCUCUGGGUCAUUCGGCGCUGCUGGUAGCUGAUGGUUUCUGGACGCUGGCGAUCUUUGAAAUCCUGCUUGGCCUCAGCCACUCGCUGAUAUCAGGUUCGGACCUGGCGUUGUUGUACGACACCGAGCUGGCAAUGGGGCGUAGCGAAGACGAGCAGCGCCAGGUGGUUGGCAAGCUUUACAGUGCGCGAACGUUUUCUGAAGCACUUGCCGGUCUGGCGUGUACGUUGGUGUUGUUGUUUGCCACCUUCGACGAGUUGGUUUAUCUGCAGGUGCUGGUGGGAUGGUUGCCGGUAUUGCUGGUGCUGCGCCUGGUUGAACCGCCCGGGCAGCGAUUGGAGUCGAGUGGGCAUAUGGCAAAUAUGGGGCGGAUUCUGCGCUACCUGGCCAGCCAUUCAGCCGUGUUGCGCCUGGUCUUCCUGGCGCUGUCGAUCUGGAGCCUGACAACGUUCUAUGCGGUCUGGCUGCUGCAGAAGCUCUGGGAAACACAGGGUGUGGAGCUGGCUCAUUUUGGUUGGCUGUGGGGCGGAUUGACACUGAUCGCCGCCUUCGCAGGUCGUUGGGCACACCGGGUAGAAGAUCUGAUGGGAUCGCGGGCGCUGCUGGUGUUCAUCGGUCUGGCACCCGCGGUUGGCUAUAUCGGUCUGGAAGUUUUUGGGGUGGUUGGUGGAUUACUGGCCAGCACCACAUUCUUUCUGGCAAGAGGAUUCGGGCUGGUGGUGUUACGCGAUGCGCUUAACAGUCGCGUGCCCGGUGAGUUCCGUGCAACGGCUAACUCGUUGGCCAGUUUCGGUUUCCGUGGGGCCUUUGUUCUGACGGGUCCUAUUGUGGGUUACACCCAUGACAUGUGGGGCAUGCAGACCACGCUUGUCAUGUUGGCGAUCGUCACUCUGGCGAUUUUCGGAGGGCUCAUAUUGCCUUUAGUGGCGGCGGUUAAACAUGGACAAACACAAGCGGCCUCGGGCCAGGAGGUGAGUAAUGGAUGA